AUGCCGCGACCUGUCUCCGGCCCGCCCAACCUCCCCCUGAACUGGCACGCAAACCUGACACCUCGGCCAUCUUUCCUUGCCGUCGAGGAGCAGUCCGACUCCGCCUACGACAGUGGAGAUGAAUCAUCCAUCGAGUCGAGCGUCUUCUCAGUGCCGGACUCACCCAUGGAGCCGUGUCAACUCGAUCGGGAUGAUCCGUUCGCAUUACACAUGGAUGUUAUCGUCGGCAGCAUCUUCCAACGCUACCAGGAAUGGAAUGUCCGGGAAAGGGGUGGACAAGGCCGACGAGCCUCGGGCCAGCGCGUGAACACCAAUACGCCCGAUUCCGGUCGUUCGUCGAGGAAACGCUCGCACUCUGACGACCUACCUGACCAAGACGCCUCAGAUGGCGGGGACUCCAACGUGAUACCGGGAUUUAAGAAGCCAAGAGUCCCAACGAACACCUCGAAGUUGAUGUUUGCGUGCCCCUUUUGGAAAAACGACCCCGAUAAUCACCGCCAAUGCUACAAAAAGGUUCUCAGCCAGAUCAAAUACGUCAAAAGCCACCUCUACCGGUUCCACGCCGCACCCAUCACUUGUCCUUGCUGCGGCGCCGCCUUCCAGGACGAGGAGACGCGAGACCAGCACGCGCGUGCACGGCGCUGUGAGGUAGUUAGUGAGGGGUACAUUCCCAGCCACGAAGGUCUCUCCCAGGGCCGGAUGCGACAGGUCUCGAAGCGCGCGAACCCGAGCCAUAGUCCCGAGGAGCAGUGGUUCACCAUCUGGGAUAUCGUGUUCCCUUCAAAGCCGCGGCCGUCAUCGCCGUAUAUUGAUGGUGUGCUGUCGGAGGACCUCUGCAGUCUGCGCGAGUUCUACACCAGUGUCGGGACGGAUAUGAUGCUGGACUACCUAGCCUCCCGAGACCCCGGCUUCGCAAGCGACGAAAGGAGGGCCGCCAUGUACGACCGCGUUGCGUUCAAUCAACUACAGGAAAGGAUCUACGAGGCAUGGAUGGCGCGUCGCGGUCUCCGACGGAUUCACGAUGCCAACAUCUCCACGACGCCGCCGCGCACAGAGUCCGAUGAAGCAAGCCGUGCCUCCCCAGCCAACGGGGUUUCCUCUUCCAGGCGCGAAGAUGAUCCGGUACAACAGCAGCGGACGCAAACACAGACGCCGCCGCAGCGGCUGCAACAGUGUCAAAGCUCGCAGGAAGAGACGACGACGACGAUGAUUCAGCCUACGCCCGUGCCGCCGGAUAUGGCUGUGCAGUUUACAGGCCAGGACUUUGGGGAGGCUGAUUUCAGUCGCGAUGAUAUGUAUUACGACACGCAUACCCAGGCGUUGUUUGCUGAUUUGAAUGGUUUGUUGCCUAGUGCUGGGCGGCCGGAAUUUGACCAGGGCGGGUUUGGAUCGCCGUAUAUCAGGUGA